ACACACACACACACACACACCCAGACACACACACACACACACACAGACAGACAGACAGACAGACACACACACACACAGAGACACGCACCCAGACACAGACACACACAGACUGACACACAGCGAUGUUGAUGAGGAGAUGUUGUGGCGCAUUGAUGCGUGUGCGAGCACUGACGUCAAAGGGCGGGUGCGUUGGACUUGGCGGCGGUGUUGGUGUGCGGCGUGCAGCAAGCUCGCUGCGGGACAUUGCUGAGGCUGGCCGGUACAACAGCGUCUCCAUCAAGCUGCCGCAGGCCGACUGGCUCACCGCCCAACCGAACCCAGACUUCAAGGCGGACCUGGAACAGAGUCUCGUGCAGUGGCAGGAGCAGCAGAAGACUGCCGCCUGGAUUGUGGUGCCGCCGUCGCUGUCAUGGGCGGUAUAUCCGGCAACGGAGUGCGGCUUCCAACUGCACCACGUUCGCGAUGAUCACAUCUACCUCAUGAAGUGGCUGGAGGCAGAUACAUCAUGCCGCGUACCCCCGUACGCGACACACCAGGUUGGCGUUGCUGGGUUGGUGCUGGACAAAGACAUGAACGUGCUGGUGAUCAAGGAGCGCAACGCGCGUGUGUCAGGCUUCAAGCUCCCCGGCGGUCUCAGUGAUCCGGGCGAGGACAUACACACCACUGCCGAGCGCGAAGUGCUUGAGGAGACGGGCGUGCAGUGCAAGUUUCACUCCAUCCUCUCCAUGCGACAGCAGCACAAGGCCGCAUAUGGGGUGUCGGACCUGUACAUUGUGUGCCGCUGCACCCCCGUGACCACGGAUAUCGAGGCGUGCCCAACGGAGAUUGCCGAGGCACGCUGGAUGCCCAUCCACGACUACGCUGCACAGACAACCGACAUGAAUGCACGCAUCGCACGGAUGGUGGCGGCAGAGGCAGAGCAGCAGCCGCAGCCGUUUCACCCCGCCACCACGCUCGCCUGUGAUAUGACCAUGCGUACCCUGCCAUCUGUCGUGCACAAGAACAGGCUCUUUGAUCUCUAUCUCCCCGCCGCUGCAGCAAAACACGAGCAAUGACGUGCAGCAUCAUGUUGUGUGUGUAUGUGUAUGAUUGUGUGUGUGUGUGUGUGUGUGUG